AUGCAAAAAUUAGGGUUGCGACUCCAUCUGGGAGAGGCCAAGCGAGGAAGACGGGGCUUUCACCAUUAUGUAGUCAAGCCCGAGAGGGGCGGCUCUCUUUUUUGUGCUUCCCAUUUUUGCACAGUCCAUUCUUCUCCCAAAAAGGCCAACCCACAGAGGGAGUUGAACGGCGCUCCCUUCUGCGAAAGGAGACAAACCAGCAGCUUCUUCAGCAGAGCGAGAAACAACUGUUCCGUCGAUGGAAAAGGAAGAAAUGAAAUAUUUUUUGAAAAAAUGGAAAAAAAAAAUAGCAAGACGUUCCAUUUGACGAGGCAAAGUGUAUCCACUAAAAAAGCAACCACAGUCGAUUCUGCAAAUCGUGGACAAAUGAACGAAGCGGAAAAGGCGAAAAACGCGGAAGAAGAGACACUCCUCAACAAUGGGGGUGAAGACAAAAUGGCCAGUCGAAAGGGGAAAAACGAAAAUAGUGACCCACUCAUAGAUCUAGAACUGUCCGAAGUGUGGUCUAAAAAAACACUCCUUCUAAAUUUCAAAAAUAGUGUAUUCGAAAUAAUAUUAAACAGGCCAGAAAAACUAAACGCAAUUAACAAAGACAUGAUUAAUGGAUUGUUAAACAUUGUGAAAAGUUUAAACAACGACGAUAGGUGUAACAUUAUUGUGAUUAGAAGCAUCAACACGACCUGCUUCUGCUCAGGUUCUGAUGUCAAGGACAUUGUCCAAAAUAAAGAAAAAGGGAUGCAGCAUUUGAAGCAACUCUACAUGUAUAUUCACUAUUUGUCGAAAAUGAAAAAACCCAUUUUGUGCAUAUGGAAUGGUUAUGCUAUGGGAGGGGGGCUUGGAAUUUCCAUGUAUGCAAAAUUUAGGAUAAUAAAUAAGAAGGCCAUAUUUGCUAUGCCGGAAAAUAAAAUUGGCUUUUUCCCCGAUGUGAGUUGCUGCUACUUUUUUAAAAAAUAUUUUGGAAGGAAUAUUGGUCUUCAUCUAGGGUUGACUUCCCUACGAUUGAAUGAAGUCGAUUUAGUGAACUUUAAAAUUUGCAGCAACUAUGUCGAAGACGUGGAUGAACUGCUGAACGAUAUUUACAAAAUUGGGAAGACAAAGCAGGAUGAGUUUGAUACUAAACUCGCCAACGUUUUAGAUAAGUACCCACCCAAGGUCACUACAGACACGAAACCCGUACUUACUGAAGAACUGAUUAGCAACAUUGAAAAGUACUACAGUUCGGUUACUAGUCUAGACGAUCUUGUUAGCAGAUUGAAAAAGGACCAGGAUGACAACCCAUUUUGCCAACAAACCCUUGACGCUAUAAACCAGAACUGCUACUCCAGUUGUAACUUAUGGUUUGAAUAUUUCCUUUACAGUUAUGAUAAACCCUUGGAGGAGGUCCUAGACAACGAUUUUAAAAUUACACAACAUUUCAUGUAUCACACCGAUACGUUCGAGAAGGGCGUAACUGAGCUGCUUGUGAAGAAAAAUAAAUCCUUCAAGUGGAGCUCCUCGUGGGAGUGUGACGAUGUGCAAGUCGGUCCAAGCGUGGAAGACAUUCUAACAAACAACGGGAUGUUGUCCAUCCGUGGGGAAUUCACAUGA